AUGGCUAGGAGCUCUAGAGAGCAUGGCUGUUCGAUAGAGCAGUUUACGUGGAUGAAGUCCCCAUAUUUUGCUGGAGGAGAUGAGCCAAUUGUAGUUGAAAAUUGGGUGCAGGAUAAUGAAGAGACGUUGGCUGUGCUUCCUUGCAUAGAUGAACAGAAAGUGGUAUUUGCGGCAUUUAAACUGACAGGGGAGGCAAAGUGUUGGUGGAGGUCAGUGCGACUGAUUGAGGACCAGAGGCUGGUUCUAGUACCAGUGAUAUGGGACCAAUUCAAGGAGUUGUUCUUCGAGCUAUAUUUUCCUUCUAUCGUUCGGAGAGCAAAGGCAGUAAAGUCUAUGCAUCUAGUACAGGGGCAGAUGACUGUAUCGCAGUACGCAGCUCAGUUUAUUGAGUUGUCACAUUUUGCUCCACAUCUGGCACCUAAUCAAGAGAAAAAGGCCAGGAAAGCUCAGACAUUUACGGAGGUUGUAAACAGAGCUACGAUUAUUGAGAGUGGUAUUCGGAGUGGUUUAGUAGCACAGAGUCAGAGGAAGAGGCCGGUGCCUCAAGGUUACCAGGCUGGCUCUAGUAGGGGUCCAUGGAAGGGAGGCCGCGAUAGAGGAGAUUAG